GGCAUCGGGCACAAACGAUAGGCGAUUCUCCGCUGGUGCGAUCGAACGAAAGGAAUGCCUCAAUGAGCUCGGAGGGCAACGCUCUGAAGCUCACGACCAAAGUAGAUGUUGAACCUAGCACCAGUAGUAGUACAGUAGCAGUAAGACACAACGAUGUUCCCACCACGAGCGGAUGCCCGGUUGCUGCCAGUGGCAGCACCAUCGGAAGUCCGGACGACGUUCAACGGCGACGCGAAACCCAACUACGGCAACAUUCGUUCUUCCAAUUGCGGAUACACCUCAUCAGUGGCCACAAUCUGGUGGCCAUGGAUAAAAGUGGCACAAGUGAUCCGUACGUAAAGUUCAAAGUGGGUGGUAGGCUGCUUUACAAAUCGAAAACCGUUCACAAGGAUUUAAACCCGGUGUGGGAUGAGACGUUUGUCGUGCCCGUGGAAGACCCCUUUCAGCCAAUCAAUAUCAAAGUCUUCGACUACGAUUGGGGUCUGCAGGAUGAUUUCAUGGGAGCAGCCAAGCUGCAGCUUACCGCGCUGGAACUGAACCGAGCGGAAGAAAUGAUCAUCAAACUGGAGGAUGCCCAGCGGGCGAACAAGGAUCUGGGGGAAAUCAAGUUGAACAUUACCCUGUGGCCGAAAACGCAGGAGGACAAGGAACAACGAAAUCCCAAGCUGGCCGACGCUUCCCGCCGCCUAAAGUCGCAAAUCUGGAGCUCCGUCGUAACGAUAGUGCUGAUCGAAGCCAAAGGACUCCCACCGGACGCCGAGAAUGGACUGAACGAUGUUUACGUUCGAUUUAGGUUAGGCAAUGAAAAAUACAAAAGCAAAAACUCCUACCGAGCUCGCUGGCUGGAGCAGUUCGAUCUGCACCUGUUCGACGACGAUCAGCUGCUGGAGCUGGUCGUGUGCGGGAAGUACAACACCUACGGCAAGUGUACGAUCGAUCUGCGAAGUCUUCCCCGGGAACGAACGCACAUUACCUGGCAUCCGUUGGAGGAGUGCACCGGCGAGGUGCAACUGAUGCUGACCAUCAGUGGAACGACCGCUUCCGAAACCAUUACCGAUCUGACCGCGUACCGGGAGGAUCCCAUAGAGAAGUCGGUGCUGCUGAAACGAUACGUCUGGCACCAUUCCCUGCAGAACCUGCGCGACGUCGGCCAUCUGACGGUCAAGGUGUUUGGGGCCACUGGUCUGGCGGCGGCAGAUAUCGGAGGCAAGUCAGAUCCAUUCGUAGUGCUAGAGCUAAUCAACGCUAGAUUGCAAACCCAAACCGAGUAUAAAACGUUAACACCCAAUUGGAACAAAAUCUUCACGUUUAAUGUAAAGGACAUGUCCUCGGUGCUGGAGAUAACUGUCUUUGACGAGGAUCGGGACCACAAGGUGGAGUUCCUUGGACGAGUGGUGAUACCGCUGCUGCGGAUACGAAAUGGCGAGAAGCGAUGGUACACCCUGAAGGAUAAGAAAAUGUACACCCGCGCAAAAGGAUCGCAGCCACAGAUCCUGCUGGAGAUGACGGUGGUGUGGAACAAACUGCGGGCGGCCCUGCGGGUGCUGGAACCGAAGGAAGAAAAGCUGGUCCAGCAGGAGGCGAAGUUCAAGCGUCAACUAUUUCUACGUAACGUUACUAGACUGAAAGCUGUUAUUAUGUAUUUUAUAGAAGUAGGACAAUUUGUUCAAAGUUGCUUCGAAUGGGAAUCCCCGGUGCGGUCCUUCAUCGCACUGGUACUGUGGAUAUGCGGCUGCAUUUGGUUCGAUAUUUCCACCAUCCCGGCGGCGGCCCUGCUGUACUUGCUGAAAAACUGGCUGAUACGAUGGCUAACGGGGUCAUCGUCGCCGUCGACGACCGACGAGUACGACGUGGCCAGCGACGACGAGGACGAAGAGGACAAGGAAAAGGAGGAGAAAAAAACCAUCAAGGAAAGACUGCAAGCAAUACAAGAGGUUUCCCAGAGUGUGCAGAACACGAUCGGCUAUCUGGCCUCGCUGGGCGAGAGUGUUAAAAACACCUUUAACUUUUCCGUUCCGGAGUUGAGUUGGCUGACAGCGCUGCUGUUGCUGAUCGUCUGCCUGGUGCUGCACUACAUUCCGAUGCGAGUGCUACUUCUGCUGUGGGGACUGGUUAAGUUCAGUCGUCGCCUCAUUCGACCGCACAGUGUUCCUAAUAAUGAGGUCCUGGACCUGUUAUCGCGAGUUCCGGACGAUGAAGAAAUUAUCAUGUGGCGAGAGUUGCCUCUACAUUCAACACCGGAUAUGGCCCGGCGGGAUCCUCGCAAAAAACACAAAACCUCGUAAUGCUACCA